GGCGCUGUCAAACUACAAGAACACCCAAGACAAUUUAAGGCGUACCUGACUAUCGGGGAACCUCAGCUCAUCAACGUCAUUCCGUGUCUUAGAAUCCUUGUCGCUUUCUGUUACCGUUACUCCACCGUUUGUCUCAUCGAAGAACCGAUCGACAAAGGCGCGGUUCGUCCAUCAGCCAGCCUUGUGAGAGUUGCCAUAAGCGCGAUAUUUAAUCAGCAGAAGCUACAGCAUCAGAGGUAACCAGUGCCCUCUGUGCUGCGACUUAUCUACCCUCCGGCUUCCAUACUACUAUCACACCUUCUCACCGGGGCCCACGCCAUCUGAUCCCUCAUCACCGAAGCGUUUGCUACCAUGGCCCAACAAUCGACCGAUAAUGUUAUGCGAAGGAAAUUGGUGAUUAUAGGGGAUGGUGCUUGUGGAAAGACAAGUUUGCUUAGUGUGUUUACACUUGGCUAUUUUCCAACUCAUUAUGUGCCCACGGUGUUUGAAAACUACGUUACCGAUUGUCGAGUCGAUGGGCGAUCAGUGCAGCUAGCACUAUGGGAUACUGCUGGUCAAGAAGAUUACGAACGGCUACGACCUUUAGCAUAUUCCAAAGCACAUGUGUUGCUGAUAGGGUUUGCCGUCGACACGCCAGACUCAUUAGACAACGUUAAGACAAAAUGGAUUGAAGAAGCCAAUGAACGAUGUCCCGACGUUCCGAUCAUACUAGUGGGCUUGAAGAAAGACCUCCGAGAUGACCCCGUCGCCAUUGAAGAAAUGAGGAAGAAAUCCCUACGAUUCCUCACCCCUAAAGAAGGCAGCGAAACCGCGGCGCAGAUUGGAGCUCGCAAAUAUCUUGAAUGCUCGUCGUUAACGGGAGAGGGCGUUGACGACGUCUUUGAAGCUGCAACUCGUGCGGCACUUUUAUCAUUUGAGAAGGAGCGCAAUGGUUGCUGCGUUAUUCUGUGAUUUGCCGGGUUCGUUGUAUGUUCGGUGGACUCGACUGAUGAGCCGUUGCUAUCAUUUCCAACCUCGAUUUCAGACCCAAAAAUGGAUACCAUAUCAAAUUCGCAUUUCCGGCGUUUUAUGUUUGUUCUUGCUAUAUUUGCAGGCGCUUCUUCUCUUUAUUUCCUUCUCAAUUUUCCCUUCCAGUCAUCUUUCUGCCUUUAUUCUUCUCGGUUUCGUCCCUGAAAAUAAUUCCUGAUCAUUUUGGCUGUUGUAUGUAUUGAACUUGAGGAAAUAUUCUUAUACCUAGUUAUUCAAUGGAGCAUCAAUGGUUAUUUUGCCCGAUAUUGUACACAUGUAUAUAUACAGAAACAAACGAAAGAAAAAGAAUCUAACCAUAGAUCAGGAUAACCGGUCAAUCCUCUCGACAUGCAUUUCCCUUCCCCUUUUCAACUAAUCAAACAACUCCAUCUUUGAACAACCCGAAAUAAUAGAAGGGGCAAAAUCACACCCUCUUCCACCCAUGAUUCCACCCUUCCCUCCCAGGACUAUCAGUCUGCAACCUCGCAUAUUCGAUCGGAAACAAAUCCGUGAAAACACCCUUCUUAUUCAUCGAAAUACGGAAAAGCUUUGCCCCACGCUCGCCGCACGCAGUUCGCAAUUCUUCGCAUGCAGAGGACAUGGCUUGUUGUUGGCGGUAGAGUUCGCGUUCCUGGUCCGUACGCAGUUUGGAUUGAUACAGUUGCCAGGCGCGAU